AUGAGCGUAGCCGAGGAAAUGCGCGUCGAUCCCACGCGAGCCCAGGCUCUCGUCGCGCAGCUGACGUCUGUCAAGGAGCGCAUCAGUGCGCUCGCAAACGGCCGUCAUGUCAGACUCGUCGCCGUAUCCAAGCUCAAACCUGCCAACGACAUCCUCGCCCUCCACCAAGCACCCAACCCCCACUGCCACUUUGGCGAAAACUACACGCAGGAACUCGCCCAAAAGGCACAGCUGCUCCCCAAGACCAUACAAUGGCACUUCAUCGGGGGCCACUGUAAAGCACUCGCCAAAAUCCCCAACCUGUUCUGCGUCUCGUCCGUAGACACCCUCAAGAAGGCCAACCUCCUCGACACCACGCGCGGCGCCGUGCUCGCCUCGGACCCCUCGCUGCCCAAACUCUCUGUCCACGUGCAGGUCAACACGUCCGGCGAGGAAGCCAAGUCCGGCUGUGCCCCGGGCCAGGAAACCGUUGCGCUGUGCCGCGAAAUCAUCACCAACUGCCGGCAUCUGCACCUCCUGGGGCUCAUGACAAUCGGUGCUAUAGCGCGCAGCAAGGCCACGACCGCGGAGAAUGAAAACGAGGACUUUGUCGCGCUGAGGGAGCAGAGAGAUUUGGUCGCCGAGGAGUUGGCGCUCGAGCACGGCAGGCUACAGCUGAGCAUGGGCAUGAGCGAGGACUUUGAGGGCGCCAUUGUGUUGGGGACCGACGAGGUGAGGAUUGGCAGCACCAUCUUCGGCACCAGGCCUGCAAAGGCCGAUGCAAAGAUUAGGGAGUAG